UUCUUCCUGUCAGUGACACAUGUAGAACAAGCUGCUAACGGGACUUGGAGACUAGACCACAGAGAAAGCGAGUCAGAAGAAAGUCAAUUAUAUCAUUUCUGCCUGCAUCUUUAUUUAUCUGCGUUUGGCAUCUUUCUGCUCAAAUACGCACUUUACGGCGUAAAGGACAUUACGGCAUGCGGAAACCUGUAAUAACGUCCUGCAAUGGACUCCUCUCGUCUCGGCGACAAAAAGAACACUAAAGCGGUAUCAGUAAAACGGGAGCCAUCCAGUGGAAAUACUAUCUGAUAACUCCAUUUGCUCAACAGUCCGUUUGUUGCCGGUGAAGAGUCGAGAGUCCGUGCUGUGGGUUCGCUGUCGAGUGGAGGCCGACCACACGCGGUUAUGCUUUUUGCCUGUACUUUUUUGGGGGAAAUGUUGUACGCUACCUGUUAACGUUUUUUUCUUACAUACGAACUAUCAACUUCAUCGUCGUCACACUUAAAAACGACGAACGAGAGACAAUGGUGAAUCCUGGAGGCAGUAGCCAGCCACCAGCAGUGGGCACAGGAUCCCUGUCCUGGAAGCGUUGUGCAGGCUGCGGGGGGAAGAUCGCAGACCGUUUCCUUCUUUACACCAUGGACAGCUACUGGCACAACCGGUGCCUCAAAUGUUCCUGCUGCCAGGCCCAGCUUGGUGAAAUAGGCACAUCAUGCUACACGAAAAGUGGCAUGAUCCUUUGCAGAAACGACUACAUUAGAUUAUUUGGAAACAGCGGAGCUUGCAGUGCUUGUGGUCAGUCUAUUCCAGCCAGUGAACUGGUUAUGAGGGCACAGGGCAAUGUGUACCAUCUGAAGUGUUUCACAUGUUCCACCUGCCGGAACAGACUUGUCCCAGGGGAUCGGUUUCACUACAUCAACGGCAGCCUCUUCUGUGAAAAUGACAGACCCACAGCACUCAUCAAUGGCCAUUUGAGUUCCCUGCAGACGAACCCACUACUGCCUGACCAGAAGGUGUGUUAAACUGAAGCCAUGCAGGAAGCAGGAUGUGUGCCUUCAUUUUAGCCCUUAUUCAUUGUUGCCUGAGACAGCAUGGGUCAGCAGCACCCCAGCAUUUUUUGCUGUUCUCCCAGGCCCUUUCUCCCCAAUGGAAUCUUCCACCGUCCGCACCAGUAACCUGAACAUGUUUCUGUUUCUGCAAAUCACUCCCAACUCUCAGCCUUUAGGUCCUGGCUUUUUUCCUAGAUUUGGGUGGAUAUUUGCACUUGUUGUAUCUCAGACGUUUGGGACUCACAUUUGGAUUUUAUAAAAGAGGAGAGAAGGAGACUAUGAGAGGAUUCUUUAGGGAACGAGAAUUAAAGAACUUACUGAGAACCUGCUGACACUGAAGCAAAGAAAAAGACUUAACAGGGUUGAAAGUUGCAGACUUUUGAACUGUGCACAUUUACCAAAACAAAUAUUUUGGGGGGAAAGUGGGAACUUUUUAUUUUUACUUCCCUCUUUUUCUAUCCUUAUUUCCCAGCAACAUGGUGUUUCCACUUUCUAUAUUUUAGAUUUUUUUGAUAGGGAAUGUUUUUUUUCUCUUUUCGGUGGUAUAUAAAUGUGUAUACCUCGAUAUGUGUAUGUAAGUGUGUGUGUGUGUGUGUGUGUACACACAUACAGGCAUAUAUAUAUGCAUAAUAUGGGGUUUUAAAAAUAUCUGUAGCAUUUUGUGGAAAACAAAUCAUGAACACUGUUUGUGUAUUUGUAAAACUACCAUGUAUGUACAGUAUGCAUGUAAAUGUCGUUGUCCAGGCGUGGCUACAGUACAACGGACUUCUCCACACCCAGUUUAUCCACGUUAAACCAGCCUGAAGAAAUUUGCUCAUAGUCAGUAAUGUAGAGAUAAUUCCCGACAUAGAAAUGCUGAUUGAAAGAGAAAUUUAUUUGUGAUAUUUUCCAAGACAUUUGCUCCAGUAUGGUGUAUUUAAUUAAUAAAAAUAUUGAAGAUUUAAAA